AUGCUGCUGCAAUUGAACGAAGAUGUCGUGUCGCAUAUUAUAUCCUAUCUCUCAAUUCGAGAUUCACUUAACCUCUCAGUCGCUGCCCGUGGGAUUCAUCUUGUCGCAAGACAACAUGCCUACUCCGUGGUCGAGAUAGAUGAUUUGACACCCACGGGAGACCAGGUUUACCAGUUCUGCCUUCACAUGCUCGACGAUAUUCCUGGUCGCUUACAUUGGCUGCGCGGCCUCACGAUCGCUUUCAGACAUCCUAAUCGAACCAGUGUUGCCACAUUGGACAACUUUCGUUGUACUUUACAACGUUUGGCGAAUCUCAUAGAAUGCGCGGAAGGAACCCUGCAAUCUCUCUCACUCACUCCUAUCGAAGUCCUCGUGGAACUUGAACCCCAAAUUUUCACUGCAAUUCGUAACGUUCGUUAUCUUCGCAAGCUCGAGCUAGACAGCAUCGGGACACGCGCUCUGGGGCUUGUGCGGCAAUUGCGUAGCCGCCCCCGGACCCUUAUCCUUCACGCCGAAGACCGUGGAACAAUCAGCACUGCUCUUCUCCUUAACAGCAUUGGCGACAUGUCGAAUUUGCGCACGUUCUCCGUAUGUGACUCCCUUGUCGGACGCAGGAAUGCAAUUCCUGUUGUUCCCUUCUCCGGCGGAGUGUGGCCUGGAGUUGAUAAUCUUACUGUUAUCUCUUAUUGGGGGAUAUCCAAGUCCACCUGCGUGCGCGCAUUCCCCGGUAUACGCACUCUUCAACUAUGGGUAUAUCGUGAGGAGCCGGAGCCCCAGGCUAUAGUCGACGAUGCAUGCUGGUCAUAUCUAGACUGUCUGCAAGUGUUUCCAUUCUCGUUCCGCUAUUGGAAUAUUAUUUGCCCCACGCACUUUGUCUCUAUCGAGUCAAUCCUCGGGUUCUCUCUGAGGUUCACCCCCGCUAGCUCCCGGGAUGCCGUUGAUGCGAGCGACAAAGUCGAUGCAAAGCUUAUUGUGCAUAGCACAUCACCUGUCGCUCUCAACCUGGGAACUGUCGCAGAUUUGGAAUUCACCCCGCGACUCUGGAUGGAUCUAGUCGCAGUUGCACCAAGGUUGCGCUGCCUACAACUAGAGCUGCAGUUGAUGCGCGAAGGUAGAGAUGCUCUCCCCGAACUUAUCGCGGUCUUGCACCAGAUCCUUCCGAUUAUCUCUCAGCUGAAGAAUCUUUACCACAUUGAACUAUGCAUCAACAGCGCUGUCGUCAAUAACUUCUCCGUGCUUCCAGAUCGCAAGCUUGUUUCUCCAACGAGAUUCUCAUUGGGACCAGACUCUACAAAAUUAAGGGUUGCAGAAAAACUCGCGGGAGCCCUCAUUGAACACCUCCCUUCUGUCCAUUGGCUGUCUGUCGGCUUCGGUUUUAGAGGUCAGAUGUUUCAGGAUCGGCGAUUUGACCCGUUCCACGGCACAUUCUGGUGGUGGAACGUCGAAAAUGAUGGAAAAGAACGAAAGCUCCAUCCAAUGUCUACCUUCACAGGGGAGCGCAUCAGAGGGUACCUUUGCUCGCCGGAAUAUGACUAUCGUACAGAUCCCCUCGCAUCUUCGUUGAUUGAAUUCGCUGUCUCGGUUCGCUAUCCCGUGUCUCUACACAACCAGAUACAAGCUCGAUGA